UUGCUUCGCCAUGACUGAUUUCUCCAGGACUCGCGUAAAUGGCGCGAUGUUGCCAUCAUUCCAAGGAAGGGUCGUGUGUUUGUUGGGAAUGGCCAAGGAUGUUGACCAGAAUGGACAAGCAUUUACAUUGACAACAAGUGAUGGUCAAGAUAUUAGAGUCAACAUGCAGGAACCGUUAAGUGAAUAUGUUGCUGGUUUGACUGAAGUCGAAGGCCAGGUCCAGUCUAACAAUGCUGUUGUUUGUCAAAACUAUAUCACCUUCCCUCAGGAAACCUCUGAUACAUUUGAUAUGAAGAUGUACAAUGAUGCUGUUGAACUUGCUUCAAGAUUCUCAAAUCACUAUAUUGUUGGAGUACAGGGAUAGUGACGUAAAAUAGAGCUAAACAUUUCACUGAGCUGAUUAUUUACCAGAAGCAUCUCUACAUAAACUGUAAACAGCUGCACCAAGAGCAGUCUGCUGGUGCAGUUAGACUUGUGCAUAACUGUAGACAACCAAAAGCAGGAAACUUGUACUGUAAUGCAAUGCAUAUGGAUUGGGUCUUGGAGUUGCACUGAAAACUGUUUUCUGGACAAAGAAUGAAUUAAAAUGAUGAAGAAAACGGAUACAGUUCAUUUUUCAUUGAAUGGGAGUAGUCUGUAUGUGCAGUCAUUGUGUAAAUAAACAUAAUUUAACAUUA